UGACUCUGUACAACUGUUCUGUGGGGCGUUCUGACUGUAGCCAGUGUCACACGGCGGACCAGAAGUAUGGCUGUGUGUGGUGUGGAGGGGACCAGUCCACCUGUCUGUACGGAGACUCCUGCAGCGAGCCCCUCGAACAGACUUGCCCCGCCCCCGUCAUCCAUGCCAUUGAGCCCCUGUCUGGACUGGUGGAGGGGGGAACCCUGCUGACCAUCUCAGGGUCCAACCUGGGCCAGAAGGCUGAGGACAUCCUGCACUCUGUCACUGUGGCUGGGGUUUCCUGCUCUGUCAUCCCCCACCUCUACGAGGUCUCCUCCAGGAUUGUGUGUAAGACCAAAGCCAGUGGGGGAGAGAAGACAGGCCAAGUGUCAGUAGAAGUGAGCGGGGGAGAGUUUGGCCUCUCCAGCCAGAGGUUCAGCUACCAGGAUCCGUUUGUGAUGGAGGUGUCCCCACAGAGGGGUCCCAAGGCAGGGGGCACGUCCCUGACCAUCACUGGGAGGAACCUGCUCACGGGACGCCCCUCUGACAUCACUGUCACCGUGGGAGGAGUACAAUGUGUCAUUUUAUCAGAGGCCCAGGAUGACAGUGUGGUGUGUGUGACGGGCAGCAGCAACAGGACGGGUGAUCACCGCGUGACGCUUCACUAUGGCAACAGCCAGCGCCACCUUCACGAGUCAGCCUACAGCUUCACCCCCAACCCCAACAUCACCCAGGCCGCGCCCGCCAAGAGCUUCCUCAGCGGUGGCCGUCUGAUCUUCGUGUCGGGUCACAACCUGGAUGUGGUACAGCAACCUAACAUGUUGGUCACUGUUUUCCCCUGGGAGUCCAUCCCCCAGAGGAGAAGGAGGAGGAAUGGAGAAGAAAGGGAGCAUGAGACAGAGGACAAGGUGCUGUGGAGGCAUCGCAGGAUCGUACCGGAGCCCAACUGCCCUGGGGACCCAGUCUGCUCCAUCAUACAGUACAUGGAGCGUUGCGAGGUCAACUCGUCCAGUCUGAUUCUGUGCCGGAGCCCGGCAUUGGAGCCCCUGUGUGGGGCUCACAGGUGGACGUGGCCUUCCUCCUGGACAACCUGCGCUUCCCGUUUGGGUGAGAACUUGGACCUGGCCAUCUCUAAAAGAGAGGUGGUGGUGUUGGUGGGGGAGGGGGUCCACAUGGGCAACCUGAACUUCUCCCUGGGCAUGGUGCAGUCUUGA